AUGAACUUAUCAGGCGUUGCCUUGGUUACAGGUGCGGGUGGUGCUAUCGGGAGGGCCGUGGCACUCGGGUAUGCUCGACACGGAGUAACACGGAUUGCUGGACUGGAUCUUAGCAGUAAUGGCCUCCAAGAAACUGCAUCAGAACUUGCAUCUUCGUAUCCGGGAGUCCAAUUUCUUCCAAUUGUGGUAGACCUGGCAUCCGAGGAACAAGUGGCCAAAGCAAUCGCGCAAGUGGUCGCCGAAUAUGGUGCCAUCCACUACGCGGCCAACAAUGCAGGUAUCGGACGGCCGUACGGACUCACUCAUGAGACCGAUACAGCCGACUUUGAACAAGUUAUGAGUGUGAAUGUCAGAGGGGUAUUUCUAUGCGAGAAGUACGAACUACAACAGAUGGCGAAGCAAGACGCUCGACCAGUUAAUCCUCUGGUCCCGUCUGCGUUGGAACGGGGUUCGAUUGUUAACACCGCGUCAACAUUGGGUCUCAGAGUGAUGCCCUUGCUGAGUGUAUACAACACGUCCAAACACGCAGUCUUGGGCUUGACGAGAACGGAUGCCGUCGACUACGCACGACAGGGAAUUCGUGUCAACGCCGUAUGCCCGGGAUUUGUCGACACCCCUCUCCUGCUGGAUUCGACGAGGCAAGCGCUGGCGAGCACGAUUGAAAGGAUACCGCAAGGACGCUUGGCUAGCCCAGGCGAAGUUGCCGAUACUAUAUGUUUUCUAUCUGGUGGGAGCGCCUCUCACAUUAACGGGGUCGCAUUGCCCAUUGAUGGAGGCUUCACAGUAACGUAG